AUGUCCUUCCCUCUCCGCCGAGCCGCCCAGGCCUUCAGAGGCCGCCCAGGCACUCCCCGCAGAACUUACGCUGCCCUGGCUGGCCACCUCGCCGAGAAGCCCUCUCGCGCCUCCGAUGUAGGCUGGAUCCUUGCAGCGGCCGCGGUCUUUGUGCCGACGAUGGGCUACCUGAUGAGCCCCCGGGCCGCCCAGCACUCGUCGACGAGCCAUGCGCAUCCCGUCGAAGACCGCUGGACGCGCUCGUUCGCGCUCGAGCACCUCGACGCCUCCAAGCUCAACCGCCCCAUCAUGGCCGCCGACGACGGCAUCGUGCCCGCCGGCGAAGGCAGGCCACACGGGCCCGGUGACAAGAGCAUCCGGCAGAUCACUAAGCCCACCGAGAGCCAUGCAGGCCACCAAGUGUCCAUGCAGAAGGACACCGAACACAUCCGAGGCUCCUCUGGCAAGAUGGAACACGCCCGCGCUCUCAGCGCCCAGCGCGGCUCCGAAGCCACCACCAUCGACACCAAGGCCGUCCAAGCCCAUGCCGCCACCGACCGCCAAGAAAAACUGGCCGCCUCGCCUUCCUAA